GGAAGAAGAAGAAGAAGGAAAAGGAGAAGAAGAAGGAAAAGGAGAAGUGAAAAUGAGCGGGUGUUUGGAAGAAGAGCAGCUCGGAGCCGAGUCUCCAGGAUCCAGCAGUUCAUCCAUGAAGAGUAAUUGGUCCAAAGAAAAACCUCCGGACUUCAGUGCUGGACCAGGACCUUCAGACACAGAAAACAAGCAGAGGAGGGGCGUUUGUGUGGAGGAGCAGAUGUCCUGCUGUGCUUUGUGUCAAGGCAUCCAGAUGGAUCCGGUCUCCUCCAGCUGUGGACACUGGUUCUGCAGACCGUGCAUCAGCUCUGCCGCCUCCUGCCCCCAGUGUGGACAAAAGCCCAGAAUAACACUCGAUGCUGGUCAACAGGAGGUUCUAGAGGAACAUAAGAUCAGUCUGAGGAGGAGAUGUGAAUGUGUGACUGAAGGAAGUGAUGAAACAGGAAGUAGAACCCUCCUCAACAGGAUCUACACUGAUCUCUACAUCACAGAGGGACAGAGUGAAGAGGUUAAUACCCAACAUGAGGUGAAGCAGCUGGAGACAGCUUCCAAGAACCAGAACCUCCAUGACUCUCCAAUCAGGUGCCAUGACAUCUUUAAACCCUUACCUGACCAGCAUGGAGCCAUCAGAGUGGUUCUGACCAACGGCGUCGCUGGUGUUGGAAAAACCUUCUCAGUGCAGAAGUUCACUCUGGACUGGGCAGAGGGCUUGGAGAACCAAGAUGUCAGUGUGGUGGUUCUGCUUUCAUUCAGGGAGCUGAACUUGAUCAGAGAGGAGCAGCACAGUCUUCUCACGCUGCUCCAUGUUUUCCAUCCAACACUCCAGAAGUUCCCAGCAGAGAAGCUGGCUGUCUGUAAACUUCUCUUCAUCUUUGAUGGUCUGGAUGAAAGCAGACUUUCUCUGGACUUCAACAACAGUCGGCUUGUUUCUGAUGUCACCGAGAAGUCAUCAGUCAACGUUCUGCUGACAAACCUCAUCAAGGGGAACCUGCUGCCCUCGGCUUUCAUCUGGAUAACUUCCAGACCUGCAGCGGCCAAUCAGAUCCCUCCUUCAUGUGUUGCCAGGGUAACAGAAGUACGAGGCUUCACUGACGCCCAGAAGGAGGAGUACUUCAGGAGGAGGUUCAGUGAUGAAGAGCUGUCCAGCAGAAUCAUCUCCCACAUCAAGACCUCCAGGAGCCUCCACAUCAUGUGUGGAAUCCCAGUCUUCUGCUGGAUCACUGCUACAGUUCUGGAGAACAUGUUGACCACAGAGCAGAGAGGAGAACUGCCCAAGACCAUGACUGACAUGUACUCACACUUCCUGCUGGUCCAGACAAAGAGAAAGAAGAACAAGUACCAUGAAGGACAUGAGAGGAGUCCACAGGAGCUGAUGAAAGCUGACAGGGAAGUUCUUCUAAAGCUGGGGAGGCUGGCAUUUGAACAUCUGGAGAAAGGAAACAUCAUGUUCUACCAAGAAGACCUGGAGCAGUGUGGUCUAGAUGUCCCAGAAGCCUCGGUGUACUCAGGAGUUUGUACAGAGAUCUUCAGAAGAGAGAGUUUGAUCUUCCAGAAACCAGUUUACUGCUUUGUUCAUCUGAGCAUCCAGGAGUUCCUGGCUGCAGUCUACAUGUUCUACUGUUUCACCAACAGGAACACAGAGGUGAUGAAGAACUUCCUGGGAGAAGAUGACAGUGAAACAUCUGAGGAAGAAUUCGCUGAUGAACAUGAGGUGAUGGAGAACUUCCUGGGAGAAGAUUACAGUGAAACAUCUCUGGAGGACUUCAUGGAGAACGUCAUGGAGAAAUCCCUCAGCAGUAAAAAUGGUCACCUGGACCUGUUUGUCCGCUUCCUUCAUGGCCUCUCUGUGGAGUCCAACCAGAGACUCUUAGGAGGCCUGCUGGGUCAGACAGAGAACCGUCCAGAAACCACCCAGAGAAUCAUCAACAAUCUGAAGAAUAUGGAGGCUAAGUUUAUCUCUCCAGACAGAAGCAUCAACAUCUUCCACUGUCUGAUGGAGAUGAAGGACCUCUCAGUUUAUCAGGAGAUCCAACAGUUCCUGAAAUCAGAGAACAGAUCAGAGAAGAAGCUCUCAGAGAUCCAGUGCUCAGCUCUGGCCUACAUGCUGCAGAUGUCAGAGGAGGUUCUGGAAGAGUUUGACCUGGAAAAGUACAACACAUCAUGGAUGGGUCGACUGAGACUGAUUCCAGCUGUGAGGAACUGCAGAAAGGCUCAACUUCAUGAAUGUAUGCUCUCAGAGGCCCACUAUGAAGUCAUUGCCACAGCAUUGAGGUCCUAUCCUUCACACCUGAGACAUCUGGACCUGACAGGGAGCAAGCUGCAGGAUUCAGGACUGCAGGUACUGACCAAAGGUCUGGAGGGUCCAUGCUGCCAACUGGAAGUCCUUCUACUGGCUAGCUGUAGACUCUCGGAGAUCGGUUGUAAAGCUUUGGUGUCAGCUUUGAAGAUGAACCGCUCGCUGACAGAACUCGACUUGAGCAGCAACAAACUGCAGGACUCUGGAGUGACGUUGCUGUCUGCUGGACUGGAGAGCUCCUCGUCCUGUGAACUUGAAACUCUGAGACUGAAAGACUGCCAUUUGUCAGAGAUCAGCUGUGCUUCUUUGGGUUCUGUUCUGCUGUCCAAGUCGUCCCAUCUGAAACAUCUGGACCUGAGCAUGAACAGUCUGCGGGAUUCAGGGAUAAGGCAGCUCUGUGUUUUCCUGGAAGAUCCUCUUUGCAGACUGGAGAGGCUGAGACUAAACCACUGCGAUCUGACGGAGAGCUGCUGUUCACCACUAUCCUCAGCUCUGAGGAGCAGAACCUCCAGCCUCAGAGAUCUGGACCUCAGCUACAACACCCUACAGGACUCAGGAGUCCGGCAGCUGGGUUCUGGACUGGGAAGUCCAAACUGCAGACUGGAAACUCUAAGCUUGAAGUGUUGUCUGCUCACUGACAUCAGCUGUGCUUCCCUGGCCUCGGCUCUGAGCUCCACCCCUUCCAGGCUGAAAGAUCUGGAUCUGAGUCACAACAAGCUGAAGGAUUCUGGAGUGAGGCUGCUGUCUGCCAGCAUACACGGUCCAAACUGUGCGCUGCUGUUUCUCAGGUUGAAGGAUUGUCAAAUCACUGAGGAAGGCCGUGCUGCCUUUUCUCAUUCCGGAACUCCACCUCAUCCCAUCCAACUCAUCUGGAUCUGAGUCCUCCAAGCUGCAGGAUGCAGGACUAUAACAAAGGGAGAAUUGUUCUUUUUCAUGAGUUCAUUAGUUUUAAAGGUCUUUGUCAGGUGUCAUUUUUUUUUCCAACUUGUGUGUUCUCUUAUCCAGCUUUGGUUUCCUUUUUGUGUGUCACUUUCUGUUAGCUUGAAUGUUUUUUACACAUGAAAUAUAAUGAAGUGGUUGACAACCAUUUAGAGUUCACUGCUCUGAAUUAAAUCCUGAAGUCUCUCCUUUCACA